AUGACGCGUGCACGUAGUGACAUCAAUGCAGUUAUUCAAGGACAAGACAUUGAACAAUUCAAGAUAACACUUUACAAGAUUGAGUGGAUGAUGCCAUAUGUAAUGGCUGCUGAUCGUCAAAAAAUACGUUUACUGCAAUCAAUUGAGAAAGAUUCAUUCAUUACAAUGAGUUUUCGAGCCUGGGAUUUGUAUGAAUAUCCUUUACUCCCCACCACCUCAAAACAUGUAUGGACAGUGAAAACGUCUACGCAACUUGAAAAACCGCGUUACGUUUUGCUAGGUUUUCAAACAAGUAGAAAAGAUAAACUAAAAAAGUAUGCUAAUCGCUUUGACCACUGUGACAUUACAAAUGUUAAAUUAUUUCUAAAUUCUCAAUACUAUCCCUAUGGAAAUUUAAAUUUGGAUAUUGAACACAACCAAUUUGCAUUGUUGUAUGAGAUGUAUGCAAACUUUCAACGCAUUUAUUAUGACAGAGAGCCGGAACCUUUAUUAAAGAAAAUUGAUUUCAAGGAUGCUGUCCCACUAAUAGUCAUCGAUUGUUCAAAGCAAAAUGAAUUCCUUAAAUAA